GCUGGACAGAUACCUGCUUAGCCACAGCCUUCCGGCAUGGAAAGGAGGCUUGUGAAGCAGGAGGUGAAAAGGCUGCUGGGAGAGUAUAUUGGAAUCAGACUUCGGGAAAAUGAAUUUGAUCCAAAAGGAAGAGGUCAACUCACCUUUCUAGAUGAUAUGGCUCACUAUGACUUGGCCAUCAGUGUUGCUAGUCAAUGGCUAGAUCACUCAGAAAACUUAACUUGGCUCCAGUGGGAGAAAGUGAGAGCUCCACUUCAUGACAGACCCGUGUAUCCAAACCGAAAAGAGCGAGAAGCACUGAUCUUAUCCUCCUACGCCGGAGUCUUGAUGAACAGUAUCCCAAUCGAAGAAGUCCUUAAAAUUUAUGGGGCCAAUUCUUCUGCCAGUCCUGAUUCUACCAAGGUCGCUCGGGCUCUGUUGCCCCACCGCUCCUUGCACCCCUUUGCCAUGUUGACGGCCCCCAGAGCAGCAGAGUGCAAUCGCAGACGGAGUGUCAAGUUGAGGAGAGGAGCCAUGAAUAAAGAAGCCACCAGCCUGCAGGGAAAGGAGCUCGUAUGUGCACACCCCCAAGAACAAAGUAAGACUGAAAACAUGGUUGGCAUUGCCUAAAUCGUGCUGACAGCUGAGUACUGGGAGUUCAAGGCUGUUUGGUUUUGAACAGGGUGCUUAACUACUCUGUGC